CAUAGCUCACCUUCGGCCUUGCAAGAAUUAUUUAACAUUGAACCUCCAUCCUACAUUUCAACCUCGAUAUCCACGCAAUUGCACCCGAUCCCACUCGCGAUUACCAUUAUUGUCAAGCCCUUUGACACAUCUACAACCGAAUAUCCAUCCAACCGCUCUUCAAUACAGUCCUUGCACAUGAGGUAGCCAAACGCCUUGGUUCUUCGCGGGGUACGCCUCAAUCCAAUCCAAUACACCCGAUUUCACACCACACGAUCUCCCUCCGGAGUCGACAUAAACUGUCAUAACACAACUACACCAUGCUCCUCUUCCGAUGCGCCCAGCAGGCGCGCCUCUUGCCCUCGCGACUCCCCGCAUCCUCACACCUCCGAAUCCGAGACCAAUGGGAAGCCCUUGCCUGCACACCCAACUCUCCAACAAUCCGCCUCCUGACGACUAAACCCACGACUAACCCUACAACCAAACCCACAACCAAACCUACCACAAAGACCAGCUCCCCUCCCCUCCCCUCCAAGCCGCCCACCGGCAAGCCGAUCUACCCUGUCCGUCUCCCCAUUUACCACGCCGGCACGGCACCGACAGUGAUCGUAGGCUUUAUGAGAGUCAGUAGCAUCAUUUCAGUUUCCCUACCCGUGCCAUUCCUGCUGUUUGGCCACACAGAAGUAGCCUCGACAUUCCUGACUGCUGCCGUUGCCUUUAUAAUCUCGUCCUACGUAUGUGCCCCUCGUGUCGUCGCAAUGUACCUCCACCUCCCCUCCUACACGCGCUACUCCCCCGAGCUGCUCAACCGGUACGUCGCCUCCCUCCCCAAAACCGCCGAGGUCGACAUCAAGACCAUCAAUGCGGCCGGGAUACCACAGACCACAACGCUCGCGGUAGGGGAUCUCGCAGCGGUGGACGGCUUUCGGCUGAAUGCCGUGAACUUCUGCAGGGUGGGAUUGGCGGGGAAGCGGCCGUGGUGGGUGGGCAAGGGGUUUUGGGCCGGGAGGGGGGCAUGGGAGUUUGCGGUUAGUGAGAUGGGACCUGAGAAGGGGCUGAAGAUGGCGUGGGUGUGGGAUGCGAUUGCAGAGAAGGUUAAGCAGGGGAAGUUUGGGGGUGCGGCGGCGCCUAGGGUGGGCGAGGUGGUUCAGGCAACGGCGGUUGGGCCAAAGAAGAAGCUGUGAUAUACCCAGAGAGAAAUAAAUAGAGCAUGCCACGUAAGGUAAGAUAGAUGGAAAGAUAGCGCCAUG